AUGAGCAGGAGUACUAUGAGACGCGUAGGAGGAAUAUCGAUGGGAGUACUAGGGCUAUCAACUGUCAGUCUAACGCUCUAUUUAACAAUACCAAUGCCAAAAUAUGAUACAAGUUUGAAGGAAAACUUAGAUCCUUAUCAAUAUUCAAAGUUUAAAUUGAAUAAAGUCGAUAAAAUCACUGAGGAUGCAAAAUUGCUGAAAGUUGCCAUCCCAAGUGAUAAAUUUCCGAAUGACUUUUUAUCAAUUAUACACCACAUCUGGGUCAAGCAGCCGUUUAUCCAAACAGAGAGACCAUACACGCCCCUUAAACCUAUUACAAAAGACACAAGAGAGAUUGAGUUACUAGUGAAGCUUUACAAGAACUCAGAGAUUGGAAACUAUAUAAACAACUUAAAACCAAAUGAUGAAAUUGAGCUUAGAGGCCCAAAUUUAUCAUUCGAUUUGAAUAUGUUUGAUAGGAAUAACUUAGUAUUCAUAGUUGGUGGUACAGCUAUCACACCUGCAAUGCAAUCUAUAAAUUCAUUGCUGUCGACAAACUCAAACAAACAAAUCCACCUUAUCUACAGCUCAACGAAUGAAGAAUCUACGUAUUUUAAAUCUGAUUUGCUGGAUAUGAGUAGGAAGUUUGGUAACUUGCAUUUGAAUUUUAUCAAUUCUUCAAAAGAAGGACAUUUAGAUAUGUAUAAAUUGAAACAAUCUCUAGGCUUGGGUGGCAGUUGGUGGAGCUACUUUGAUAAUAACAAUAAGUUUGAUUUGAAGGAUUUCAACUUUAUCAUCUCUGGUAACGACAGAUUCAUUCAACACGUCGCUGGCGCUAAGGGUUUGUUCAAUCAAGGCAAUUUAGGCGGCUUACUGGCUGGCUUUAAUUUGAACAAAAAUCAAAUUAGAAAGUUGUAA